AUGGGAAGAACUUGCGUCGGGGACAAGUUCGUUUGUGAGGACGUGGGAGGGAAGAAAUAUUGUUGUACACCACCAAAAGAUACUGCUCCCACAACGCCGACAACGCCUACAACUCCGACUAAAACCAACGACGCCUACAACACCUACCACGCCUACAACACCUACCACGCCUACAACACCUACCACGCCUACAACACCUACCACGCCUACAACACCUACCACGCCUACAACACCUACCACGCCUACAACACCUACUACACCGACAACACCUGCUACUCCAACAACGCCUACGACUCCGACCACGCCAAAGGUUUGUCUGUAAGACUCAAAAUCCGAAACUGUAACCGCGAGCUGCCACAACUUCGAUACUUUUUUUGACGAUUGAAAGGUAAAGGCCCCGCAAAAAGGUAAUGUUUUUUCGCACAAAUAUCCCAAAAAAUGUGUUUUCUUCUCAGCAUGCUCUCCACGUUCCGGAUGAUCUCUGUGCUGCAAAUUGAAUAUCUGGCUGCAUCUGCAAAGCGUAAGCUAAAACUUUUAUGUGGCCUAUGGUCCACGUAAGUGCAAAAUUAAAAAAAAUCUGAGCAUUACACUUGGGGACUUCCGUUGUUCGACCAUCGUAUUAUUAAACUUUUAGUCGGCUUGUUUUUACAUGUACGUCAUCUUUUUCCACGUCUGCAAAAGCAACGCUACACAGAUGACUAGUCUAAUUUUCCAAACUCUCAGUCAGCAAAUGUUGUUUUCCUUGUUGCUGAAACGUUUUUUCCAACGGAAAACAGCUAACCAAACAUUGAAAGAAUAAAAAAUUCGGGUCUAAAACCCACGUUGACAUGAAUGACAUUCUCAAAUUUGUUAGGCUUGGAAGUUUGCAAACGAUGAGGAAUUUCUUCAUAUUUCUAAUCGUUUUUUCGCAAAUCACUGCGGUAAAAUGUGGACUUGGAGACAUGUUCAAGAAGAAGUGCCGGUCCGGCUCAAUGGCGGUUGUGCGUAAGUGAGCAGGGAAAAAUUGGGAAGGAACGUGCUGCUUGGUCUUUGGCAGACUUGUUGGUCAACCCAAACAUGGUUGAAGGCCUGGUUGAGUAGUUUUGGCAUACUUUGAAAAAGACCGGGACGUAGCACAAGUACCAACAGACUGGUACUCGCUCUCAGUGGCUUAUUGGGCCCCUUCUGGCCCUCUAAGAGCUGGGAAUCUGGAAAAUAACCGGCCCAGGCGAUUUUUUUGGGGCCGGGCUUGUGGCUUACGUCGCGACACUUGCGGGCAACCACUUUGCGGGCAACCAGUUUGCGGGCAAAUUUUUUGCGGGGAGCCACUUUGCGGGCAAAAUUGGGGAGGAAGGGGUUGUCACAUUUGCGGGCAGCUGAAAUAUUUGCGAGCAGUAUGGGACAUUUGCGGGCAACCGACCCUUGCGGGCAGUCGAAAUUUGCGGGCAACCGGCACCUGAGGGUAACAGGGUAGCGGUGGAAAUAUUACUGCGAUAUUUUGGAAACUUGCCGACAUUUGCGGGCAGCCGACAUUUGCGGGCAACAGGAAAAAAACAAGCACGCAGAUUGUAUUGGAACUUUUUGAACUGUUGCCCGCAAAUGUCGGCUUCCCGCCAGUAUUGCCUGCCCGCAAAUGUCGGAAAACUUCCAAAAUAUCGCCGUAAUUUUUCCAUCUCCACCUUGUUAUCCUCAAGUGCUGGUUGCCCGCAAAUGUCGGCAAAUUUCCAAAACAUCAUAGUAAUUUUUCCACGUCCACCCUGUUACCCUCACAAUCAAGUGUCGGUUGCCCGCAAGUGCCGGUGCUGGCCGCAAAUGUCGGCUGCGAAAAAAUUUGCCCGCAAACUGAUUGCCCGCAAAGUGGUUGCCCGUAAGUGUCGCGACGCCAAUCUGAUAACCAAAAGUUUGGCGAAAGCAAGCUGAAAACGCUCGGACGCUGUUCACAAACCGAGGCGCAGCUUGGAAAAUAUCUUUCACAACUUUCCAGCUUUUCAUCAGGGCCCUGAAUGGGCCAAAACGACUUCGCCAGCCAUUUCUAGGGACUGGUCGGGGAGGACCUCCUUAGGGCUUGGCCUGGCACAAAAAGACUGUUCAUUUGCAAAACACGACCGACUCAACACAUUUCUUUUUUAAUUUUUGUAAUAUUGCAGCCUGUCUCAUGGGAAAAACUUGCGUCGUAGACAAAUACGUCUGUGAGGAUGUGGGAGGGAAGAAAUAUUGUUGUACACCACCAAAAGAUACUUCUCCAACGCCGACAACGCCAACAACUCCGACUACUCCUACAACGCCUACUACUCCAACGACUCCUACAACACCGACGACUCCCACUACUCCUACUAUGCCCACAACUCCAACAACGCCUUCAACACCUACUACUCCGACAACGCCAACGACGCCCACUACACCCACGACUCCUACAACACCCACUACGCCAACGACUCCAACAACGCCUACGACUCCCACGACUCCCACAGGAGUUGGUAAGUUGAUUUUUACUUAUAUGUUCGCUACGCAAUACGGCAAAGAUGGAAGCGUAGGAGUGACUGUCAAUCUGUCGAGGAAGCAAUGAGCACUCUGUCGCAUCGAAAAUCGCAUCGCCAGCGAAAAAAAUGAAAAGUGUCGCGACAACAUCAAAUUGCUGUUCACUGCGGCGACGCGGUCGGAGCGGCUCUGAUAACCUUAUUAUUUUUACGACAGAAUGAUAAAAAAGCGACAUGCACUUUCUGCGCGGCGACUCCGAAGUUCACGCACGACGUCAGCAGAAAAAAAAAUGUCCGAGCUUUUUGAACGCUAUUAGUAUUACUGGCAUCAAUAAAUAAAUCCAAAAAACGUGGAAUUAAUCCACAUGAUCCCUGGACCCCUCAAAAAUACUGCUUUCGAAACAAAGACCCAUUUUUCAGCUCCCUGUGCGAAUGGUGCUGUGGACAAGACGACUGACUGUCAAAGACCCGAUGUGAAAGUGCUGUGCAACCGAAAAGAAUACAUUGAAUUGAUGAAAAAGGAGUGCCCACAGACUUGUGGGUUCUGCGGCUCAACGACCCCUUCACAAGACCAAGGCGGCGGCAGUGAUAAUGGAGGGAGUGACAGUGAUAAUGAAGGCGGCGGAGAUGCCAGCUGCGUGGAUAAUGAUACAAAGUAAGGAUUUUUGAUCGGCCGGUGCAGCUACUUUUGAAUCGCACUUUUUGCGGGUUGGAGAACGAAAUGUCCAACAAUAUUGUGCAAAAAAUGACGGAGAAAAGUAAUGGUAACGAGCAGACAGCUUUUUUAUUUUUACCGGGCCGGGGCCUACCUGGGCCGGCUUUGCAAAGGCGUAGUCUGUUCACAAAGACGCUGAAGUGAUUUCAACGACAUGCAUUGUGAGAAAACAAAAGUUUGCUUUGCACUGUGCAAUUUCUUGAUUUUUGGACCGUUCAAUGGGCUAUUUUGGGAUGGCGCUCGCACCCUGAGUUUUUCUGCACAGUGUAAAUGCUAUGAACUACUCCAGCGACUUUACGAACGGACUCGUGGAGGUUUGAGAAGUCCCGGUAGCCAUGUAUUGCCCUGUCCCUGCUAAUAUUCGCACCUUUUUAGCUGCCCCACAUUUGUGAAGAAUGGAUUCUGUGAUCUGGGCUUUUAUUCGGACGAAAAGAAGAAAGCAACUUGUGGAAAGUCAUGCGGACUAUGUUAG